ACUCUCAGUAAUGAGACUAAAGCUAAAGUUGAUAUACUACAAAAUGCAGGAUUGCGUGUAUGUAAUUAUCAAGAAGUUGAAGGAGAUUUAGCUAUAUGUAAUUGGGAUGUUAUUAUUGUUCAGGCUGAGAGUACACACCGUCUUUCCCUUUUUGGGGGUCGUUCUUAUGUAGUUAUUUUAGAUGAAGUAAAUGCUAUUAUGCGUCAAAUGAAUAGUGGAGUUCAUGCGCGUGAAUCGGAAAAUGCUAUGCGAGAUUUGUUGAAGUCAGCUGUUCAUGUUCUAGCCAUGGAUGCUUUUGGAAAUGAAUCGACUUUAAACUUCUUAAGACAAUAUCGAGGUGAAGAUAUACGAGUUUUUGAUAAUAAGUAUCAGCCACAUAAAGGUAAGUCUGUAAAAAUUCUUUAUGAUCCAGACAAAGGAGCAGAGGCUAUACGUAGAGGUCUUAAGAUGCUUGAAGAAGGUAAGCGGGUUGCCUUUUCAGUUACUGCAUGCAAAAAAGCUAGAGCUAUAGCUAUUCAAGCUUCUAAGUUAUUAAAACCAGAUGGCUCCCACGUUUUAUCACGAGUUUAUUUUGGUCAAAUGGAUGGAAAACAGCGUCAAGAAGAUUUUGCUGAUAUCAAUGCUACUUGGAGUGCUCUCGAUUGUGUGGUUUAUACAAGUACUGUGGAAGCUGGUGUUUCCUUUGAGAUUUCCAAUCAUUUUGAUGCAGUUAUAGGAAUAAGCAAUAUUAAUACAGGAGUACAUGCUGAAGCUUUUGCACAAAUGUUUUAUCGAGUACAUGAUUGUCCAUAUCAUAUUAUUUCUCUUUAUAAUAGUAAAAAAACUGGCAUUUUCAAAGAACCAAAUCGUGAUCUCAUUCGCGCUGAACUCUCAGCUUUGAGACCUGGAGAUUUACCAACUGCUAUAAAAGGACAUCGUGAAUGGGACAAAAUUGCUGAUUGUUAUAUUAUUGACUCGUCACCAGCAGUUGAAACUUAUAUUGAGGUUGAAUAUCAGAAACGCUUAUCUGCCAAAUAUUUUCCUGAAAUUCUAUGCAGUCUUAUUGCUAGUACUGGUGCAUCACUUGAAUUAAUUUCAGCAGAAGAUACCGAAAAAGUCAACAGGAAUGUAGUUUCUCAUACUAUUAAGAAUGUUGGAAAAAAAAUUGAAGGUGCAGAUGCAGAAUCAAUUGCCAGUGCUCCAGAUAUUAGUCCUGAUGAAGCUGAGAUUCUUAAACAAAACCUUAUGCGUUCUUUUGCUGAUAACAUGUCUUUACAAC